AUGUGUUGCACUUUAGCUUCGACGACUAAAAGGCUCAAGCAGCACAUGCUGUACCAUACCACUUUGCUCAUAGCUAAAUUGGAUCCCAUCAAAUAUAUCUUCGAGAAGCCUUCACUAUCAGAAAGAAUUGUAAGAUGGCAAGUGUUGCUUUUUAAAUAUAACAUAGCAUAUGUAAGUCAAAAAGCAAUCAAAGAAAGUGUCAUUACUGAAUUCUUGGUAGAUAGGGCCACUAAAGAUUAUGAGCCCAUGAAGUUUGAUUUCCUAUAUAAGAAAUUAAUGGCCAUCUUAGAAUCAGAAGAAGAUGAUGAUGAAGAAAAAACAAGGCGGAUGUAUUUUAAUGGGGCUGCUAAUGCCAUGGGGCAUGAAAUUGAAGUAGUUUUGAUAUCUUCAAUGAAGCACUAUUAUCUUGUUACAGCAAGAUUAAAUUUCAACUGCACUAAUAAUGUUGUUGAAUAUGAAGCUUGUGUCAUUGGGCUACACAUAGCUUUGGAUAGUAAAGGUGUUUAG